AUGAUGCAGCUAAGUGUGGAAGGAGCGAAGGCCUCUGUUAGGAAGCUACUCAUGAGCGUGCCGUAUUCGAUUGUACCAUACGCAGUCCCAAUCUGGGGGAAGGCAAUUGAAAUAAAAAGAAACGCGGACAGAUUAAGGAGACUACAGAGAAGGAUGGUCUUAAGGGUCUCUGUCGGAUAUCGGACUACAUCCACUGACGUGCUGCUAGUGGUAGCGGAGAGGCCCCCGAUGCAACUGAUAGUAGAAGAGAGGGUAAGAAGAGUUAAGAAGGAGAACAGAUCGGUAGAGGAAGAGGUGGCAGAGUCUAUGGAGUCAAAGCAACAAAGGGAAAUAGAUGAGGAAACUGAUACCAGAUGUGAUACCAUGGUACUAUAG